CCUCGGUCAUUGGAAGUCUCUAACCCUCUCACAAUUCCAAGAUCUUUCUCUCUCGACGUUCACCGUCAAGCAACCUAUGCUGCACCAUCAAGUCGCCAUUGUUGCCCUAAACCAGUAGAUUGGAUGGAGGUAACAAAAUAUUUACUUGCCUUCAUAUUCAUCCCUUUUCUCCAAUUUCCACUUCAAUAAUUUAUCAUAAUUUCUUUCGAUUUUCGCUCAAACAUCAAUCAAUCAUCAUGUUCAACUUCAAUUCAUGGCGCCACAAAUCCCUUCUCUACUUCAAGACUGUAACUUUCUCACCAAUAUCCCAAAACCCAUUACCCCUAUCUCUCUAUUUCUGCACCAACACUUCUCAUUCAACCUCUUUUGCAGUUUCAUACCUCAUCCACAAUUUUGGCUUCUCCCCACUAUUUGCUAACAAACUUUGCUCCACUUACAGUGUUAAAUUUAAGACCAACCAAAACCCUGAUUUAGUUCUCACAUUCUUUAGAAACCAUGGUUUCUCAGAUUCCCAACUACGUGAUACCAUUGCUAAGGCACCGUGGCUGCUUACCUGUGACCCCAUCAAAAGGGUGUUGCCAAAGUUUCAAUUUUUUCUCUCCAAAGGUGCUUCUAACUCCGACAUUGUUAACCUUGUCAGUAUGAACCCUAUGGUGCUCUGUUCAAGUCUGGAGAAUCAAAUAGUCCCAACCUAUGAAUUGGUUUAUAGGUUUUUGAAAUCUCACAAGGACACUAUUGCUUGUGGAAAUCAUAAUUCAACUUUCUUUGGAGACAGGCGUGUGGCAUCUAACAUCAGAUUAUUGACUGAGAAUGGAGUGGCAGACUCUAACAUUGCAAGAAUGCUUAAGACCCAUUGUCGGACAUUGCAGACACCUGACAUGCUGAAGUUGGUGGAGGAAUUAAAGGAUUUGGGUUUCAAUCCUUCAAAAUCAACUUUUGGUGUAGCAUUGCAUGCCAAAACAACUGUAACCAAAACCCGGUGGAAAGAGAAAGUUGAUGCCUUUAAGAAAUGGGGUUGGUCUGAUCAAGAUGUUUUGGUAGCAUUUAGAACUCAGCCUAACUGUAUGUUAGUAUCUGUUGAAAAAAUUAAUUUAUUUAUGAGUUUUUGGGUCAAUCAGUUGGGUUGGGAUGCUAUGGCCCUUGUCAAAGGAUCCUCGGUUUUUACAUUAAGUUUGGAAAAAAGGAUCAUUCCAAGGGCCCAAGUAGUGCAAUAUCUGCUGAAGAAAGGUUUGCGAAAAAAGACUGCAAGCAUGAUUUAUCCAUUUGUAAUGUCCGAUAAGCUGUUUCUUGAUAUGUUUAUAAAACGUUUUGAGGAGUCCUCUUAUCUAUUAAAGCUGUAUGAGGAAAAAUUAAAUCUUGCAUACACCACGGACAAAACUUGCUUGUCAUGAUAUCAUGAUUAGAUUUUCAGGACAUAUCUAGAGCUAUAAAAAUUGGAUUUUGGUGAUCUUUGUACCCUUGAAAAGCUAAGACAGAGUACUACAAUUUUGUUUUUCACAAACUUAAUCAGAUUUGGCAUAAAUCAAGGUUGAAAAGCUAAGACAGAGUACUCAAUUAAGGUUUAUAAUAGCAUUUUAGAAAGCUAAUUCAGAGGGGCACGUUAGGGAUCAUGAAAAUACUCAGUCAGUCUACUUUGAGAAGGAGAAAAGAAAAUAUUUGAAGGCAGAUACGAAAAAGGGGGGAUAAAAGGAGAAGAUUGGGAGAGCUUUUCUCUUGUAGCUUAUACUUCAUCUAAGUUUUCAAUUUUUUCUCUCUUUUGUAAUUUGUAACUCCAUGAGUUCUCUCAUAUCAAUGGAGAGCUAAACCUUCUUAAUCGAUCAUUGGGUGUAGAUAUUAUUGAGGUUUAAUUUAUGAACCUUACUUUAUUUAAUUUGUUCAUAGUGAA